UUCUGAACCUCUUCUCUUUCAGAUGGGGCGCAAUGCCAGACCCCCCUUCUUCUCCCUCCCAAGCGAUCUCCGGUGCAUGGCUAAUUGCAGAUACGAAGUCCGAAACAUCGCCGACUCCCCCCCUCCCCGAACGAACGGGAGCCGUCCGCGGGGUCGCACAGGGCUGUCGACUAUUGCACUCUGUUUGAAGCUCGUUUGGAUGCGGUUGCGUCAUCGUCUGCGAUCGAUCGCUCCCUUCAGUUCUCCCGAUCGACCCCGCGCCAACAGAUAGAUCCGUCACUCUGGAGCUGGGGCUGACUGGGUUGCUAUUCUGCUCUGCAACGCUCCACCCGGAGCCUUGUUUUCCCCCCUUUUGUCUCCUUCGCUUGUUCAAUCAUCAUCUCCGUAUGUUUCCUGGUUUGAUCUUCGGGUUUUCUCCAUGUCCGCGGCAGUUGAGUUGGAGAAGGGUCGUCGACAGUGGUUGGGGAGACAGGGUAUGACAGAAUGAUAGGACCACGUCAAUAGUAUCUAGGUAGACACUCUACUCUAGCAUCUGGAGCGGUCUAGACCCGCGAGAGAGGACAGACAUUCGGAUGCUCAAUCACUACGAGUGCUACUUUCGCUCACACCGACAGAAACACCAAGACGAACUCCAGUAACAUUAAACAAAAG